AUGAAGGUGACAACCCGCUUCCUUCUCGCCACUGCCGUCGUGUGGAUAGACGCAUCCACGUCGCGCAGCGCGCCUCUUGCAUCAAAUGCAGUGCACGAACAGUCGUUCCAGCUUCCCGCUGAUGCUGGCUCGGGUCUGUACGCUCGUGUUACAACUCCAUUGUCCGCCGGCGCUCCACCUAGCGAUGCCGAACUCAAGCCGCACACCGAUGCCACAAACCUGACCCAGUACGUCAACAUCUUCGUGGGCACUGAGGCCAAUGACGAUCCGGGUGACGUCUUUGCGGGUGCUUCUGUGCCAUACGGAAUGGCCAAAGCCACGAUCAACGUCGAAGGCUACGCCCCUGCUGGCUAUGUCUGGCCCUCGGACAAGCCAACGCGCGGUGUGAGCCCCCUCCACGACUCGGGCACCGGCUCGAGCUCGGGUAGCUACGGCAACUUCUGCAUCAUGCCCAUCUUGUGUGCCGACAACGAGCUCGACGCUUGCACCACGCUGCUUGAGCCUCGCGAGCGCAUGCGUCGCAACGGCACUGAUCACGGCCGUCCGGGCUACUUCACCACCACGCUCGACAACGGCAUCCGCAUCGAGCUCACCAGCACGCGCAGGAGCACACUCGAAAAGUACACCUUCCCCGCUGCCGAGAUGCGCCGGGCCAAGUCGAACCCGCACCUCGUGCUCGACUGGACCAACGACUCGCCGGGUACGUUCCGCGGUGGUGAGAUGAAGGCCGAUUGGCAGCAGGGCCGGCUCACGAUGAAUGGCACCUGGCUCAGCUCGUUUGGCCCAGGUGACUUCCGCUACCAGGCCUUCCAAUGCGUCGACCUUCUCUUCCAGGGCAAGCAACGCCUCUCGGCACACGCUUUCUUUGGCGGAAAUCGACGCGGUUACGACACAAAGCGUCAGGAUCUCGACCACUGGGUCAGAGUAGCCCAGCAAAUCGGCCAAUAUCAGGCAGGUGCUCUGGUUCGAUUCGAUGUGGAUCGCGAAGCCAAAGAAGAUGUCACCAUCAUGGUGCGCCGCGGCGUCUCGUUCGCAUCGGCCGAGAACGCCUGCCGCAACAUGGAAGCCGAGGUGGGCGACUGGGACUUUGAUGCCACAGUGGCUUCCAGCGAGGCGGCGUGGGAAGACAAGCUUCGACGCAUCGAGCUGAGCGCCGCGACGCCCGACUACAUCCAAAGGCUCUUCUACACCAGCAUGUACCGCACCUUCCUUUCGCCCAACAACGCCACGGGCGACAGCCCCUUUGCGACCGAUUCGCCUUACUUCGAUGGCAUGUAUUGCACCUGGGACACGUUCCGCACGCUCUUUCCCUUCCUCUCGCUCACCAGCCCGCACGAGUUUGGCGAGAUCGUCGAGACCUACAUCGACGGCUGGCGCAAGGAAGGCUGGCUGCCGGAAUGCCGAGCCAAUCAGGUCAAGGGCUUCGUACAGGGUGCCAACCAUGGUGUGCCCGUGCUGGCCGACUUUGCUGUCAAGUAUGCCAAGGCGGCAAGCUCGCUUGGUGUCGACACGGACGAGCUUUACCGCGCCAUGCAGCACGACAUUGACGUGCCUUGGCCGCAGUGGGAAUACGAAGGCCGACAGGCUGCGCCGUACCAGCUGUAUGGCUACAUUCCCUUUGGCUAUUUGGACCCGGCUUCGGUGGGUGAGCAGACGCGCGAGGCGAGCCGCUCGCUCGAGUAUGCCUUUGGCGACUUCACCGCGGCCAUGACGGCGCAAGCGCUGGGCAAACCGGUCGAGGAUGUACAGCGGUACGCCAUGGCUUCGCUCAACUACUCGCUCAAUUUCGAUCACGGGACGAUGAGCGAUGGCUUCAAGACCUUUGUGCAGCGACGCCGUGCCAAUGGCACGUUUGUGCCGAGCGACCCGACCUUCUGCUCGCCGCUGGACAACAACUCGAGUCAUGCAUGCAGCUUGCAGGCCGAGAAUGACUUUGGCGUUUACGAGUCGUCCUCGUGGGAGUACAGCUUCUACGCGCCUCACGACCGGGCCGGUCUCGUCGAGCUGAUGGGCGGCAACGCUACGUUUGAGAAGCGACUCGACCACUUUUUCAGCAAGGGAUACUUUGCGCCGGGCAACGAGCCGAGUUUCGACACACCGACUCUGUACCACGUGCUUGGCAAGCCGUACCGCAGCGUGCGACGGGUGCGCGAGGUAGUCGACACGUACUUUUCGCUGAAGCCGGGCGGCAUCCCGGGCAAUGACGACAACGCAGCGAUGGCAUCGCUGCUUGGAUUCUACCUGCUCGGCUUCUACCCGACGCCGGGCACCAAGGAGCUGCUGAUCCUCUCCCCCUUCAUGCCCGGCUAUACGCUCCACAAUCCGGUUCUGGGCAAGGCGACGGUGAAUGUGGUUGGCUAUGACGAGCGUUCGAUCGGCAAGACCAUUCCCCAGGGAGUCAAGGCGUUCGUCAGCGAGGUGCGCAUUGAUGGCAAGCGUCACACGUCGCGAUGCCGAUUGAGCUUUGACGAUCUGUUCCCCGGCACGCCCGAAGGAGAGCGCAAGGUGGAGAUCGUGUUAACCGAGCAAGAGAUGGAAGGAUGCGGUGAUACGGACGGCGACUGGCCUAUGUCUCUCUCGACCGGCGGUUUCCUGGACCUGAAAGGCACGCGCAGACCUUCUUGA